AUGAUUCAAAGUGCAUUGAAUUCAUAUCAUACUAAUAAAACAGUAACAACACAAAAGUCAAGACAACUUUAUAAUCAACGUAGACGUAUCUUAAAAAAAUACAGUAACAUUGAAAGUCAUAAAUCUAUAAUAAAACAUAGUAACCUAUAUAUAUAUAAGUUAAAACAAUUUCGAAAAAUUAUUCAAGAAGGACCUGACUACGUAUGCAUUUCAUGCGCGUUAGCCCUUUUCCGAAAUCAAGUAAUACCAUUUAUUAAAGAAAAAUAUUCAAAAGAAGGUAUCUUGAGUCAAAUAGAAAAACAUAUUCAAGUUAAUUUUAAUAAUAAUUCUUCGAUGCAACAACAAUGGAUUUGUAGAUUAUGCUCAGAUAAAAUGAAGAAACAGCAAUUACCUGCUCGAGCAAUUUCAAAUAAAUUGGAAGUUUGUAAAAUUCCAUCUGAACUAAAAAGAUUAAACAAUCUUGAAAAACAUCUAAUUGCUUUACGAUUACCAUUUAUGAAAAUCGUAAAUUUAACAUCCGGAAAACUUUCCAGUAGAUUAUCACAAAAAGGGACUAAAGGACCACUUCAUUGCGUACCGUCAGAUGUACAAGAAACUGUAACAACAUUGCCUCGUCCAGUUGAUAAAUCAAUGAUGGUAAGAUUGCAAUUGAAACGUAGAUUGAAAUACAAAGCAAUAUGGGAAGAGCAAUUAAUAAAUCCAACUGAUGUUAGAGAUGCGUUAUUAAUUUUGACAAAAAU